AAUCGACCUGGGACGUAAAAAAUUGUAAUCACAUAGUGAUGAGUUUGAACUUCAGUUUCAGCAUCUAGUUCUAUAGUGUAAAUCCAGUGGAAUGUCUGCUAGCCCUCCCCCCCCGCUCCACGUGUGGAACUGUGACGUCGAAAAAUUAAAGGAUUCUAUGAUGCAAAAUUUUCUCGUUACAUCUUCGUGUGACAAACGUUGGACAGAGACUGCUGAAACAGUGGGAAGUUGUUCUUUGGAAAACAACCAAAAUAACCGCCUGCUUGAGCUAAAUUGCAUAAAAUGUGACCGUAACCGGUUAGGAUCCUCAGAAACGCGAAAACAACAUGAAGAGUUGAGGUCGAUUCCAAAUGUUGUUCGAGUUAUUCGCUCACCAGGAGGCCAUGUCUUAGCUUUGUACCGUCAAUCAGAGGCACAGAAGCAAUUAUACAAGCGACACAGUAAUGUUCUCCUCAUCCAUUUGCUUCAUUCCGCCAAUGCUACCAAGACGUUAUUGGCUAUUUCCAUCGUCGAUAGUGAUAGCGGUGUAGAUUACACAGUUUGCCUCGUCACGUUACCGGUUCGUUUCCUUUCGGAAAUCGUCACACGCUGCUUGAGGAUGUUCAUAUCACAUAAUGAUCCUUCUGCCGUAAAAGCCGUUGUUGUGAAUCGAGAAGAGCUGUUACCCAAUGUAAGGAAAGCCUUCCCUAUGGCAGAUCAUUUAAUUUCAGAGAGUCGAAUGCUAGAACAGGUGUCAGAUGAAUUGUCGAAGUACGCAUUGGAACCAGACAUCCACAACCAGUACUGUAGUGCUUUCGCAGUUUGUUGUUCUACGUCCUGUGAAAAAGAAUUCGGCUAUGCAGAGGCAUCUCUGAUUUCAGCGCCAGGUGGAAUUGGCGUCUACUUUGAAACUACAUGGUUCGAGCAUACGGACAUUUGGAGAGCUAUCGAAAAUCUGCGUCGCAUAAAAAAAGGAUUAAAUUACGGAGAAGUAAGCAAACACCUUUACCGAAAGUUGGCUCAAACAAUGUUUUUUUAAAUGGCGUUGCCUGUCGAAGAUUUUUAUUGGAUGACUGAAUUCUUUUGCUGGUUCAGCGGUGAUAGUAGCUGCAUGGUCUACCGUGGUAGACCGUGGUAGCUGUAACGGCAAAAAUAUCUCAACUUGUUAUGGAGAACUGUUAUUCUUCUGCAUAAAAACGUUGAGAUGAUGUACUGUACAUAACCACUUCCAACUGCUUUUGACCAAGAUCCUUCCUCUCUUCUCAAGUGUUUUUAUCUGUCGCAAUCGACAUGCGAUUUGUUUGACAGCAAAACUGUUUAGCUAUUAUCCCAAAAGGAUAUCAUCUUAUUUGUUUUGGUUUUCUUCUCUGUUUAACAAAUAUAAUUUUACUACAA